ACCGCGGGCCCGGGCUGGUUCGACAUGGCGCGCAGCGAGAAGACGGCCGUCUCCGAGCUCGACGCCAAGGCGCUGGCCUUCCGCGGCGUCACGGACCCGAAGCGCUUCUACAAGAAGCACGACGCGCUGUCGCCGUUCGCGCAGAUCGGCACCGUCGUCGCCGGCGCCUUCGAGGGCCGGGGCCAGACCCUGCGGCGCAGGGACCGCAAGACGUCCCUCAUGGGCGAGCUCCUCGGCGACGAGACGAAGCGCGCCUACGCGAAGCGGAAAUUCACGCAGAUCCAG